UAGUGUGGAAAAGUACGGCACAAAUUAUUUAUAGGGAAAAACAUCAUAACCUCAUUCUUCUUCUUACCCUGGCAACUGACGCAACAAUACGCCAUACUGUGAAUUCUUAAUUUUUAUCAUUUUUCUUGCCUUUAAACUUAUUAUUUGUGAAAUUCAUCAUUCCUGUUCGAGAAUUAAAUUAGUUUUGAAGUGAAAUAUACUGAAAUUCUCAUCAUUUGUGGACCACCUUAGCAGCAAAGGGAGGAUUUGCAUCGCUCAAAGAAAGGGAAUCAGAGUCAUUCAAGGUCACCCGCCAUUCCGGUCAAUUCGCGCCGGAGGUGCCUUUAAUGCUCCCUCUGAUUCUCUUCCGCAGGUGCGUACAGAACAUAUUGAGGUUGAGAGCCAGGGGACACUCCGUCACCAUAGUGUCACUAAUGUUUUUAUCAUCUCCCUCAAAGGUGUGUAAAGCUCAAGAAGGAAGGCAAGGAGGUGAAUUAUCAUUGAAGUUACUAAUCUCUUUUGUGUACAUCUUCUCAAAGGUGCGUACAGAACAUAUUGAGGUUGAGAGCCAGGGGACACUCCGUCACCAUAGUGUCACUAAUGUUUUUAUCAUCUCCCUCAAAGGUAACUUCAUCUACAUAAAAUUCUGGUCCUUCGCACGUCAACAAGAAUCAGCGCACUCAAUUGGGAAGCCACCAGCAGCUUCUAUUCUCAAGGGCAUCGUGCUUUCUAUCCUCCACGCCUCCAACGGCUUCAAGAAAAUCUGCGCAGGAUUGAAUCACUUGCUAUUCGACCUCGACUGUUGCGAAUUGAUACACACAAUACCUGUCAAGUUGGUUCUACCGUCGUCACCCUGACCUGACUUGUAGCAAGAUGGCAGAAAUCAAACUCAGCGCAUUCCGUGUACAGCGAGGUAUUCACAAGCGUACUCUCACGAGACUGGAGAAGAAGGUCUCUGAGACUGACACAAUCACACAUCGUUUAGCAGCCUCCUGGCUCACUGAGAUCCAAUCAACAUUGGAUAAAUUCAUGCCAAUUCAGAUCGAGAUCGAGGUUCUUGCACAAGUAGACCCUGAUCUAUGCAAACUCGAGGAAGAUGAGGGCGACGCUUUUCAAGAUCGCUGUAUGGAACUACGUCUCAAGCUUGAGGACAUCCUUGGAGAACACCAACAGAGCUCGAGAAAUCACAAUGACACUUCCAAGGACAACAUGCUCCCGGAAGUACUGCAAAAUCAAACCAAUCUCCUACAGCAUAUUGUGAAGCUUCAAACAGAAGGCCCACCAUCAUCAUCAUCACUCUCAGCUCGCACAAAACUCCCACAGUUGAAUCUUCCGACCUUCAACGGUCAAUACACAGAAUGGAUGCGUUUCAGGGACGCAUUUCACAGCACCAUCCACUCAAAUCCUGAUCUGAGACCGAAUCAAAAGAUGCAGUAUUUGAAAAUGGCGCUCACAGGCAGCGCAGCUGAAGACAUCAGCCAUGUUCAAAUUUCCGACGACAACUAUGAGCCCACAUGGCAGCGACUCACAAAGCGAUACGAAAAGAAAGUGCAUCUUAUCAACGCCUUCAUUGAUCAAUUCAUGGCUCAGUCGAAACAGAAAGUAGACACCGUGGAUGAUCUCCUACAAGCAAACAGGAAAUACCGCCAAAUCUUCGACAGCAUGAAGGCAUUGGGGGAUGAUUGUCUAAAGCUAGAUGUGUGGCUAAUCUAUCUUAUGAAGCAGAACAUGUCUGAGAAAUUCAGAACAAAAUGGGAAGAAUCACGUGACUCGGAGAACAUGGCUUCAGUGGAUGACUUCUUCGACUUCAUGGAAAAGGCUACUGAUGUCAUGGAGCGAGCUAAUCUUGGCCUACAAGAUACAACAAAGGCACCUCCCAAAGGUGCACCCAAGCAACCUGAGAAAGCUCCCUCUAAGCCCAGCAAGGGGGGAAUUGCUACACAUCACACGGAAACUGGAAAAUGCCACAAAUGUGGUGGAGCUCAUCCGCUCUAUCAGUGCGAGAGUUUCAAGGCUCUCCCUGUGGAGGAAAGGGGCAGGUUCGUCUCCAAAUCUAGCCUCUGUUUCAACUGUAUCAGAGGAAAUCAUCCUUCAAAGAAGUGUACAUCACAAUCUCGGUGCCGACUCUGCGGAAAGGCACAUCACACUCUCCUGCACAUUGAUGUACAACAGGCUCAGAUUCCCAAGCAAUUUGUGCCUCCUCAAGGUCAACCACCUGUUGCUCCACAAUCACCUACAGUUCCACAACAAUUGAUGCCUCCACAGGAUACUCAAACACCUUCUACAAGCAGCAUGGUCACUACACACCAUUCUAUGGUUCCCAAACGUGCCCUUCUCCCGACAGCCUUGGUUAACAUUCUCGAUGCUCAUGGAAAUAACCAGGUGUGUCGUGUUCUCAUCGACGGAGGAGGUGAGUGUACCAUGAUCAGCGAGGAUUGUGCGCAACGUCUCUUAUUGCCACGAUCAAAUGCGAAAAUUCCUGUGACAGGAGCCGCUGAAGUGACAGUUGGCUACACAAGGGGGCUUGUGCAUCUCAGCAUGAGUUCUAUUCACGAUGAAGAUAGCAAGUUGCAGGCGGAAGCUUACGUCAUGCAGAAGCUUACCGCAUUUCUACCAUCAGUUCCCAUAUCUCACAUGUCAUGGCCUCACAUUGAUUCUCUAAAGCUGGCUGAUCCUGGCUACAAGACACCAGGGAAAAUUGAUGUGAUCUUGGGAGGUGAAUAUGUGCCUUACAUUACCCUUCCACAAAUUCUCAAGGGGAACAAUGAUGAACCGGUGGCCCAGUUGACCAUCUUUGGUUGGACAGCAGCUGGGAAAAUUCCUUCUGAGGUGCGUGGAUUCACAUCGAUGCACACUCACUGCGACUUGGACGACUCUCUCAAGAAGUUCUGGAUGUCUGAAAAUGUUCCAUCGGACAAAAAGAAAUGCUACACCAAGGAAGAACAGUUUUGCGAAGAUCACUUUGCAAAAACACAUACACGAGACGAAUCUGGACGCUAUGUGGUCGAACUAGCAUUCAAAGAAGAUCAUGAAGAGUUGGGUGACUCAUCAAAGGCGGCACUGGCGCGCCUCCAGACAAUGGAGCGACGAUUUGCUCGCGAUCCUGAAUUCAAAGCUGAGUACAUAAAGUUCAUGAAUGAGUACCUACAGUUGGGGCAUAUGGAGGAGGUUCCAUACGAUCAGCUGUACAAACCACACAACAAGAGGUAUUUCCUACCACAUCAAGCGGUACUGAGGCCGAGUAGCGAAACAACGAAACUCAGAGUUGUCUUCGAUGCCUCAGCUCCCACUCCUCCUAACAACAAAUCGCUAAACGACAAUCUUGCUGUCGGUCCAGUUCUCCAAGACGACCUAUUCACCAUUCUUGUGCGACACAGGACUUACGUUAUCGCCUUCUGUGCCGAUGCGGAGAAAAUGUACCGACAGAUUGGUGUUGCUAUUGAAUAUCGUGACUACCUAUCUCUCUUUUGGCGGCCAGACCCAUCCCAAAAGAUACGACAAUACAGGCUGAAAACUGUGACGUAUGGCACGUCCAGUGCACCGUACUUGGCAACCAAGGUACUUCAGCAAAUCGCAUUCGACUAUGCAUCUGAGUUUCCGGAAGCAGCAAGGGCCAUCCUUAGCUGUUUCUACAUGGACGAUCUCCUCUGUGGAGCCUCUAACUUGGAAGAGGCAAAGAAGCUCUGUAAGGACAUUCAAGAAGUUUUGCAGCGCGCGAAGUUUACAUUGAGGAAAUGGUGUUCAAACUCCAGUGAACUUCUUGCCGAUAUACCAUCACACUUGCAAGCACUGUCUCCUGAAGAAGUCACAGCACAGUCCAAGACAAUUACAGCACUUGGGCUACAAUGGGCACCUGGGCCGGAUGAGCUCUCGAUUCUCACUGAAGCUCUUCCGCAGGUCAUCACAAAAAGGGAUUUUUGCGCUGCAGCAGCCAAAAUCUUUGAUCCACUGGGAUUUCUCUCACCUUUCACGGUAAAACUCAAAAUGAUGUUUCAAUCGCUAUGGCUCUCUGGAAUGGGCUGGGACGAUGCCCUGCCUCAAGAACUUGUGGAUACAUACGAAGACUUCAGGACGCAGUACAGCGCUCUCAAGGAACUCAAAAUUAGACGAAACAUACCAUCAAAGGGCGGAGUCAUUGAACUGCACGGUUUUGCGGAUGCUUCCGAACGUGCAUUUGGCGCCGUAGUCUACGCAAAAGGGGAAGAUUCUGAAGGCAAUCCUGUGAUUGCUAUCGUCACCGCCAAGUCACGGGUGGCUCCCGUGAAAAUUGUGUCGAUUCCACGCUUGGAAUUGAAUGCCUGUCUGCUACUAGCAACACUCUUGGACAAAGUGAAAGAUGCCAUUACCAAUUUCGAAGUCAAAGUUCAUGCAUGGUCUGAUUCCAUGGUCGCUCUUCAAUGGAUACAAGAUUCUCCGAAGAGGUGGACUCCCUACGUGGCAAAUCGUGUGAGUAUGAUCCAUGAUUAUUUCCCACCAAGCAUUUGGCGCCACGUAUCCACUUUAGACAAUCCCGCGGACUGUGUCUCGCGUGGCUUGUCCCCUACUGAACUGAAGGAUCAUCAUCUCUGGUGGCAAGGCCCUCAGUGGUUGCUAGAGGAGGAAUCCAAUUGGCCAAAAACUGAAAUCAAGAAGUCCACAACAAAGGAAGAGCGAACUUUACCAGUGAAAGUGUUUGUUACUCAGAAGCCAACUGGUUUUAUUGAGGAUCUCAUUGACAAGCACUCCAAUUUCUUGGACAUCGUACGUAUUCUCGCAUGGGUGAAGAGGUAUGUGCAUAACCUUCGCCAACGCGCACGAAAGCAGCAAGUACAAACAGGAGAACUUCUCGUGCGUGAACUCAACAGUGCAACGUACACCAUUUGUGCUCAUAUUCAGCAGCAUUCUUUCCCGGAUGAGUACAAAUGUUGCCUCAAAUUGAAACCAGUGUCUCUGAAAAGCAAGUUGAAAACGUUCGUGCCAUUCUUGGACGAAUUUGGCGUCAUGAGAACAAAAGGACGUCUCCGCAACGCAGAUGUGUCGGAUGCAACGCGCCAUCCCAUCAUUCUACCAUCAAAUCACAAAAACCUCGAAUGGAAGCUCCUCUCAUGGGAGAUUUGCCGGCAGUCCGGGUGCAAGAAAACAGGCCAUUCUACAAUACUGGGUGUGAUUUUGCCGGUCCUUUCAACUUCCGCAACACCUAUCUCAGGAAAUCCGUGA